AUGAGCGACCAAUCAAGACUCGCCAUUUCGGCCGCCUUCAAGAAGCUGGAGACAGCAAUUUAUCCGGCCGAUGCACGACUCUUUUGCUCCACCACGUUGAAAGAUGUUCAAGAGGCGGCCAAAGUAGUACAGAGGGAUCAAGAAGCCCGGCAAUGCAUUCGUAACCUCCGCCGUAUCAAGCCGCUGUUCGCAGCUCUGGAGAGGCUAGGAACUGCAGUUGAGACACUAUGUCAAGGGACACCAUACCUGUGCUUCAUAUGGGCUCCGCUCAAGCUGAUCCUCACUAUUGGCAACGAGUAUAUCUCGGGCUUCGAGAAACUUGUCGAUGCCUAUGGCCAGAUCGCCCGGCAUCUACCUCGUCUAGACAGGCUGAGCCGAGACUGUGACCAAGAGAACCGCUUCGACGAAUACAACACCAAGCGUAAAGAAGGAGAGCAACAGCUUCUGCAGUUUCAUGCUCCGACUCCUGAUCAUCCAAUAUUGAGACUCAAGACUGAACUUAUUCCUUUCGUCUACGAAGAGGUAGCAAAGGGGAGUAAUCCAACUCUCGCCAGGCUGCGAUCACUCUUUCGGGCCCUUUUGGGCUCGCUUGAUCUGGUCUAUCUCGUUGUGGAUGGUUUGGACGAAUGUGACCGAAAUGCACAGAAAGAAACUCUCCAAGAACUGCUAGAUGUCCCAAUCACGGAUACCUCUUCUCAACAUUACCGAUUGAAAAUACUCUUCUGCUCACGGGAAACAGAGGAAAUCAUCCGCAAAUUACGGAAGAAGCCAUUUAUUUCACUAAGUGUCGAACAAGAAUCGCUAUCGAGGGACAUAUCGGCGUAUACCAAAGCACGCCUCUCGAACCUCCGAGGUGACUAUGAAAAUGGUUUGGUGGAUGGUCUUGAACAACACAUCAUUUCCAAAUCUCAAGGCAUGUUCUUGUGGGCCAAACUUGUAGUUGACCUUGCGUUUGAGCAACGAAGUGUUCGCGAUCUCCAGAACGUAGUCCUGCAAACUUCACCCGGACUAGAUGGAAUCUAUGCCUCUAUUCUUGAACGUCUCAAUCACUAUACCAGUGAACAGUUGCGCAAAGUCAACUCCAUCCUCGGCUGGAUCGCUUUCGCUUUCCGCCCGUUGAAAACCUUCGAAGUUUGUGACGCCCUUGUUUUUGAAGACGAUGAUUCGACACUCGACUCAACGACAAAACUCUUGAAGAGUGUCCUGGACACCUCCAAGCCUCUGAUCGAAGAGAAAGACGACCAGACCGUCGUGUUAGUGCACUUCUCUGCUCGAGAAUAUCUUCUGAGUAAAAGGAGUGGACCAUAUCUUCCUGCCUGGUCUACAAACGCAAGAAUCACAGCAUCGAGUUUGAGAUACCUCUCUACGUGUGCAGUUUUCCUGGCGAACCACGAUGGACACGAUGCUAAAUUUCAAGUCUUGAAAGGUUUCCACGACCUCUUUCCCUACGUACACGAAUUCUGGAUCCAACAUUGCUUUGCUGUCACUUCAAGACCCCCCACGAGCAUUACUGAUAAGCAAUUAUUUCUGGCUUUGCAUCAAUUGCUUCUCAAUCUCGCAUCCCACUGGGCCGUGCGGACUGGAACUUCAUCCCAUGACACUCAACAAAGCACUUUCCACAUUCCACUGUAUGCUAAUAGUGAUGAGAUAGAGGAAGUGGUGUUCACCAUAUCUGCUGCAGUGUCUCAUGCCACUGAUUUACCAACCGCCCAAGUGUCAUUUCGCAAGCGAUAUGCAGACCUAGACCCCCGCACGCCCAUGCUUUACCCAGGUUCGACUCAAGCCGCCAGCGACCAACAUGCUUCGACUUACAGAAAGCUGUGGGAGGCCUUCCGUUGUUUCCAACACAACUUUGAACAAUUGUUCGAGUCUUCCAAGAACGAUGUAUUGAUCGAACUCAACCAAUUCGGCAUUAAAGGGCUUAGACCUUGA